AUGAAUUUUCAUGGUAACAAUGGACAAGCUAAUCAGACAUCUGUACAUUUGGUAAAUGACACGAAUCAGAAGGAAGAUGACACGUCAAUUUUAUACUCAUCGUCAGUCGAGGUACGUAAAAAUGUUCUCUUAAAAACUGCAGUAGCACGCGUAUGGUCAGACAACUCAUGUAGAGACACCCAUAUACUUUUUGACGAGGGAGCACAGAGAUCAUUUGUGACCGAAGAUUUAGCCAGAAAACUUAAUUUACAGUCAGAGGGAACUGAAAUUCUACAGUUAUCAUCAUUUGGAGAUAGAAACAAAAACGUAAGACAUUUAGAUAAAUCGACAGUGUACGUAGAAACAGAUGCAGGACAGAAAAUACCGAUAAACGUUCUAAUUGUACCAAUGAUUGCCGUACCUUUGCAGAACAAUAUUCGCCACAUCAACAGAGGACUGAAUUAUUUACGGGGACUUAAGUUAGCCCAUCCGGUAACACAGGACGAGUCUUUCGAAAUAUCGUUUUUGAUCGGAGCUGACUACUACUGGGACUUAGUCGAGGAUGAAGUCAUACGGGGGAAUGGUCCAACCGCCGUGAGGUCAAAGUUAGGUUUCUUACUUUCCGGUCCAGUAAGCGACAAGAGGGAUAACUCGUUGAUGGGUACUAGCAUUUUUAAUAUUCUUGUUAAUCCUAAAACGGAGGAGCAUGAUAUAGAAACAUUUUGGAGAUUGGAAUCGAUUGGUAUUAACUCGAAGGAAACAGACAUAGACGAUACAGAUUUUUUGGAAACAUAUCAAGACACUUCGAUUGAACUCAGAGGUAAUAAAUACUUUGCAAAAUUGCCAUGGAAACAGGAACAUGACGAACUACCAUCAAACUAUACAGUCACAAGAAGAAGAACAGAGAACGUUAUUAAGAAACUUAGUCAAGAUCCUAAACUACUAAAGAAGUAUGGAGAUAUAAUCGCCGAACAGGAACGCAGAGGAUUUGGUGAGACAGUAGAUGAAAAUGAACAAAAAGGCGGGAAAAUUCAUUACAUUCCACACCACCCUAUACACAAGGAAUCUAGCACUACUCCUAUACGAAUAGUAUACGACUGCAGUUGUCGUCAAUCACCAAGUCAUCCAAGUCUAAAUGAUUGUCUUAUGGACACACCACCAAAAUUAAAUGAUUUGACAAAACUCCUAGUACAGUUUAGAGCCAACCAGUUUGCUACAUGUACUGAUAUUGAGAAAGCUUUCUUACAUGUUGGAUUGAGCGAAGAAGAUAGAGAUGUUACCCCAUUUUUAUGGCUUAGUGACCCUACAAAUCCAGGAAGUCAGCUGAAAACGUACAGGUUCAAAGCAGUGUUAUUUGGAGCGACGUCUUCGCCCUUUAUACUCAACGCCACAAUACAGAAACAUUUGAAACAAUUCGGAAACAGUGAAACAGCUAAAAUUCUAGAAAGAGAUAUUUACGUUGAUAACAUAUUGUCUAGUAUGAACAAAGAGGAAGAUUUACUUACGUAUUUCAAAGAAGCAAGAAGCUUGAUGGCUGGAGCUGGAUUCAACUUGAGAUCAUGGAGUUCAAACAGUGCUAAAUUACUAGAAUUAGCUAAAGAAGAAAACGUCCUAGAUACGGAUAAGUAUACCAAAAUACUUGGAAUGUUGUGGAACAGUCGUACCGACGAGAUUUUUUACCCUAAGCGUGAUAUUCCUACACCGGAACUACUUCAACAUGUAACUAAACGAGAAGUUUUGAAAUAUUCUUCAAAGAUUUAUGACCCACUAGGCUUACUUAGUCCGGUAACAAUUAGAGCGAAAAUCCUGAUACAAGAGUUAUGGAAAUGUGGAUUAGAUUUGGACGAACUAAUACCAGAUAAUUUAAAGACUACGUGGAUAGAUUUGACCAAAGAUUUGGAAAAGGCAAUACAAUUCACUAUUCCUCGAUAUUAUUUUAGCAAGCCAUCAACAUCAACAGGAUUAGUACUUCAUGUAUUUACAGACGCAAGUCCAAAGGCGUACGGCGCAGCAGCUUAUUUGAGUAACGAAAACGAAACAACUUUAGUAAUGGCGAAAACCAGAGUAGCACCUGUCAAAUGCUUAACCCUCCCACAACUUGAACUUAUGGCAGCAAUCAUCGGCGCACAACUAGCUGCACAUCUUCAUUCAACACUUAAUUAUCCAAAAAUUGUAUUUUGGUAA